UUUUUUUUUGCCUUCCAUCUUUUUAAAACAAGAAAAUGGAGCAUCACAUAAGAAAUCUUAAUCCUUGUACUGGGUCCAUGUGUCACAUCUGAAUUGUGUUGUACUGAUUCUCUAAGUACCAGCUCGGACCAUCUCCUUGAUGCACACUCACGGCAUCAUGGCCAGUACUCAGGAGCGCCUGAGCUUGUCUUCCUCUCCAAACUCGAACGGCAAAGCUUUCUGUGAAGAUAAAGACUUUAGUAGGUUACAUGAUGAACAUGCACCUACUGGAAACCACCCGUCCCCCGAGCUCAUAGAGGAUGUGCGUGAGAAGGGCUUGCUGCAGGCAGACCUCAUCGAAAACAUGAGCAGCCCGGUCACUGCAGCAGUGCUGACCAGCAUCAGCGAGGACUCUAGGGACCAAUUUGAGAACAGCGUGCUGCAGCUGCGAGAACAGGAUGAGUCUGAAACAGCCAUUCCUCAGGGCAACAGGAACACUAUGGAUGGAGAGAGCAACAGCGGAGCGGAUGAUGUUAAAGUCCAGUUCAACAGAUCAGGCAGCGGGAGCGGUGGGUUUCUUGAGGGACUUUUCGGUUGUCUGAGGCCCGUGUGGAACAUCAUAGGCAAGGCAUACUCCACAGACUACAAACUGCAACAGCAAGAUACCUGGGAGGUCCCAUUUGAGGAGAUCUCGGAGCUGCAGUGGCUGGGCAGCGGCGCACAGGGAGCCGUCUUCCUGGGCAAAUUCCGGGCGGAGGAGGUGGCCAUCAAGAAAGUGAGAGAUCAGAACGAAACGGAUAUCAAGCACUUGCGGAAACUCAAACAUCCUAACAUCAUCGCGUUCAAGGGAGUUUGCACUCAAGCCCCGUGCUACUGUAUUAUCAUGGAGUACUGUGCGCAUGGACAGCUCUACGAAGUCCUGCGAGCGGGGCGGAAAGUCACCCCUCGGCUGCUUGUGGAUUGGUCCACGGGGAUUGCAAGUGGGAUGAAUUAUCUGCACCUUCACAAAAUCAUCCAUCGAGACCUCAAGUCGCCAAACGUUUUGGUUACACACACAGAUGCAGUAAAAAUUUCAGAUUUUGGUACAUCUAAAGAACUCAGUGAUAAAAGUACCAAAAUGUCUUUUGCGGGAACUGUGGCUUGGAUGGCCCCAGAGGUGAUACGCAAUGAGCCCGUCUCUGAAAAGGUGGAUAUCUGGUCAUUUGGGGUAGUUUUGUGGGAGCUGCUUACAGGAGAGAUUCCCUACAAGGAUGUGGACUCUUCAGCCAUCAUUUGGGGAGUGGGCAGUAACAGCCUGCACCUUCCUGUCCCUUCCACCUGCCCAGAUGGUUUCAAAAUCCUCAUGAAGCAGACCUGGCAGAGCAAGCCCCGGAAUCGUCCCUCCUUCCGGCAGACGCUGAUGCACCUGGAUAUUGCAUCUGCUGAUGUGCUGGCUACUCCUCAGGAAACCUAUUUCAAAUCACAGGCUGAAUGGAGAGAAGAAGUGAAGAAACAUUUUGAGAAAAUUAAAAGCGAAGGAACUUGUAUCCACCGGCUAGAUGAAGAAUUGAUUCGUCGUCGAAGGGAAGAGCUGAGACAUGCAUUGGAUAUCCGCGAACACUAUGAGAGGAAGCUGGAGCGAGCCAAUAACUUAUACAUGGAGCUUAGCGCUAUUAUGCUGCAGCUGGAGGUCCGUGAGAAGGAGCUCAUAAAGAGGGAACAAGCAGUGGAAAAGAAGUACCCUGGGACUUACAAACGCCACCCAGUCAGACCAAUAAUCCACCCCAAUACAGUGGAGAAGCUCAUGAAGAGGAAGGGGGUCUCCCAUAAACCAGGCAGCCAGACUAAAAG